UCCUCUUCUCAGGACAAUGGCUCUUCUGUAUCUCAAAAUUUAAACCAUACUAGUGAUGAUUUGGGCAAACCUGGUCUCCACACUAAUUACACAGAUGAUGAAAAGUCACCGAAUCAAAACUACAAUGGUCCAUCUGCAUCCGAAACAAAAAAGGAUACCGGAGAGCUACUCACCUGUUCUAAGCUGAAGGAGUUUCACCAGUCACGACAGAGUGAAAGGAGGCGCAGUUCUAUAGUGCUAAGCAUACCCGGUCUGGAGGUGUUUCCAGGAGAUCUUUUAGUGUCUGAUGGCGCCUCUGAUUACAUGUACAAUGCUCCGUGGUUGCCUAAUGCAGAUUCGAAGAAACCCAAAUGGCCUUUCUCUAAGAAAGCAUCAUUUAUCAAGGGGAAGCAAAAACAGAUUUCAGAUUUGGAAAAUUGUCUAUCUUUAUUCAAGAUCCCAGAUUUCAAUGAAUAUGAAUUUUACAAUAUCAAGGAUAAAACUUGGGAUGAAUUCAGAAACAUGCAUCAAAUUGAACAUAUGAAGAUUCCUAGUGCAGUGAACAGAAAAAGGCAGCAGUCUGUAUGGGAGCUUUUCACCUCGGAAUGCACUUAUUUUUUGGAGCACUUACUAGUUCUGAAAAUGAUAUUUUUUAAUGCACUUAAGCACCUGCAGAACAAUGAUCUUCUAUUGGAUGUGGAACCGGUUAGGUUAUUUGCUAAUCUGGAUGAUCUGAACCAGGAGAGCUUAAAUUUUGCCACCACCCUUUUUAACACGAUUGAAGGCAGAGAACUGGGAUCUGUGAAAUCUUGCUCAUUAUCACUGGCAGAUUUGCUAACAAAGUACUUCAAGGAUAAACUCUGCUUAAGUCAUCAGAUCUAUUGCCUUAAUUACACAUCUGCUGUCAUCUAUCUGGAGAGCCUGAAGCAAAGGGAAGAUUUUGCGGCAUAUAUAAAAUGGUGCGAGCAACAGGAGCAGUGUAGACGCCUUCACCUCACAGAUUUGCUGGUGGCUCCACUACAUCGGCUGACCCGAUAUCCCCUGCUCUUCAAGAAUAUAUGGAAAAGAAGUAAUGAUGCAGCAGAGAAAGUGUCCAUCUACUCAAUGAAGGAGAAGGUGGAAAGUUCCAUCAGAGAUCUGGAAGGAAAGGUGAAACUGCUGGACAAGUCACAGAAAUUCAAGCAACUCCAGGAAGUGAUUGGGUGGCCCGGCUUGUGGGAGAGAGAUAAAAGAUUUUUCAUCCCAGAGGGUCUUAAGAACUAUUUCAAAGAACCUAAUGUAGAGACGAUGUUAUCUUCACCGAACAGACAGCUUCUUCAUGAAGGAAGACUUACCCUUACAGAGAGCACACGUCUUCUUGAUGUAUACCUGCUCCUCUUUGAUGACUUGCUGCUGAUAACAAAAAUUAAACGCAACAAACGGAAACCAUCAUCUGUAGAAGCUUGCACAAUGUACCCAUCUUUACAUCCAGAGCUGCAGAGGAUAGUGAAAGAAGGUGGCUACUGCAAAGUCUUAGACCAGCCUAUUCCACUAGACAGGCUCAGCAUAAAAAGUAUUGAUGCCUUCCACGUUUCCGUGUAUGGAAUGAAGAAUGCUUUCCUAAUCCAGCAUGGGAAUCGCUAUCAGCAGUGUAUUGCUGCCUUCAUCAUGCAAGCAAAUACUGAAUCUGAAAAGAAACAAUGGAUCUCACAAAUAGAAGCUGCAAUUUCCUGUUACACUGAAGCUUAUGAGACUAACAGAUCUUCAGUAUUUUGCUUCUCUGCAGAGUCAGCUGAAAUUUAGUAGUAUGUUGUGAAUAGAAUGCCUAAUUUAACUUAAUUAUUUUGUU